AUGGAUUCAGACUCUCUUCUUCCUGUUUCUUCCUUUCAGCUACCAGUUAUUGAUUUCUCAGACCAAACCCUAAAGCCAGGAAGCUCAAAGUGGGAUCAAGUGAAGUUUGAUGUUCGUAAAGCUUUAGAAGACUAUGGCUGUUUUGAAGCUUCUUUUGGUAAAGUGUCUAUGGAGCUUAAGAAGUCUGUUUUUGAAGCUAUGCAAGAGCUUUUCGAGUUGCCGAUUCAGACCAAACAGAGAAACGUGUCGCCCAAACCUUUCCAUGGAUAUCUUAAUCAUAAUCUUUACCAGAGUUUAGGAGUCGAUGAUGCUAACGUUUUGGAGAAAGUCAACGACUUUGCUCAACAGAUUUGGCCUGAUCUUGGAAACAAAAGCAUCAGUGAGACGAUCCAUAAGUUUUCGGAGCAAUUAUCGGAAUUGGAUGUGAUGGUAAGAAGAAUGAUUAUGGAGAGUUUUGGGAUAGAGAAAUAUGUCAAUGAACAUCUAAAUUCUACGAAUUACUUUUUUCGAAUGAUGAAGUAUACAUCACCUCCUUUUGAUGCUGAAAAUGAUGAUGUAGAAGAGACCAACUUAGGUUUACGUUCUCAUACCGAUAAGAGCAUAAUCACAAUACUUCAUCAGUAUGAAGUUGAUGGUUUGGAAUUGAAAACCAAAGACGAAAAAUGGAUCAAAGUGAAACCAUCUCAAGAUUCUUUCAUUGUUAUGGUUGGAGAUUCUUUAUGGGCACUUUUGAAUGGUCGAUUGUCUUCUCCAUAUCACCGAGUUAUGAUGAAGAAGACAAGGUAUUCGACCGCUUUGUUCUCGGUUCCAAAAGACGAAGUUAUCAUUGAUUCACCAGAAGAACUUGUGGACGAAGAACAUCCACGUAUAUUCAAACCCUUUGAAUAUGGUGAUUUCAUUCGCUUCUUUCAGACAGAUGCUGGUCGUAGAGCUCAAUCUACUCUUCAAGCUUUUUGUGCCCUCUGA